ACCUCUAUUAACAAUGUAAACAAGAGCAAACAGAUCCAAAGAUGAGCUACAUACAAUUCGAAAGUGGCAGGGAGAAGGACAAGGCGCGGCAGGAGCUGCGGGAGGCCCGCGCCGAGAUGCUCCAGCAGGCCAAGGAUCGGGCGGAGCUCCGUGGCCAGCGGGAACGGCAGAAGGAGCUGCGCGGCGAGAGCGACUGGAUGCUCCCCGCGGUGGCCAAGAAGCUGGAGAAGCCCGCCAAAAAGGCCAAGAAGAAGAGUUCCAAGCACAAGUCCAGGUCCAAGUCCAAGUCCUCCAAGAAGAGCAGGAAGCACCACAGCAGCAGCAGCAGCGACAGCGAUAGCUCCAGCUCAUCCUCCUCCAGUGAGGACGAAAAGGAGCGCAAGCGGCGCAAGAAGAAGUCUAAGAAGAGCCGCAAGGCAAGCGCCAGCGAGGACGAGUGGGUGGAGGCGCCACCACCUCCCGCGGCGGACAAAGUGUCCGAGAAGGAGGCCGUCCAGCGCGACACCUGGAUGACCAGCGAGGCUCUCCUGCUAAAGACAUUCUCUAGGGACCGCAAGGAACCGGCCAAGCCCAACGAAAAGGCACAACAAAUCGAUGCCUACGAUCCGGCCAAGAGCGGCCGUGAGCUUAAUCCCUACUGGAAGAGCAAUGGCACGGGUCUGCCCGGCUUUCAGAAGCCGCAGGACGACGAUGACCAGCAGUCCAAGCCGCGCUCCAUCAGCUCCGGGCAGGGAUCCUCGCGCGGCUGGCGAAAACCCGGUGCCAAGUCUCCCAGUCCGCCAAGAAGGAGCCGAUCUCGCACAAGGAGUGCCACCACCUCUGAGGAGGAGGCGCAGGAGAAGGAGGAGGAGCAACUCAAGCCCACUUCCUCGUGCCUCACAGACGAGCAGAUCAAUGAGCUGGCCGGCAAAGCCAUUAAGGCGGAACUCAAGGGGAAAAAGGAACUGGCAGCAGAACUCAAUCACCAGCUGGAGGCAGCACGCAAGGAGCGAGCCGAGUUCAUUGCCUCCGGCCAGUCGGCACCGAAGGCCAAUGCCAGGCCAGCCAAGUCCAAGGCCUCGUCAGAGCAUGUGCUGCUCACCAAGGUGGAUCAGAGCGGCAACGUGCGUCCCCUGGUGCAAUCCGGGUCCGGAUCCGGUGACCCCAGAGAACUGUACGGCGGAAGGAGGGCACAGAAACGCGGUAGCAAGAAGGUGGACACCCACGUGGACGGCCAGCGCGUUAGGUACUUUGCCGACGAUGACCGCUACGACAUUAAGCAAAUGUUUGAGCGAGAGAAGCAUGCCACGGCCGCCGAGGCCAACCUGCAGUAUGCCGACAUUGUGUCCAAGCACAAGAAUCCCAACGAUGACCUGGAGGACAUCUUCGCCGACAAGGUGCGCAAACAGAUCUCUGCCGGGGAUGCCGAGAAGCGGGAGCUGCAGAGUGCCAUACGGGAGCACGAGAAGUUGGCUGCGAGUCUGGAGAACUGUGAGCGCUGCUUUGAUUCCGCCAAAUUGGACAAGCAGCUGCUGGUGUCCCUGGGCGACAAGAUCUACCUCAGUCUGCCGUGGUACAUGGGUCUCCAGAGCGGGCACUGCAUCCUGACGACCCUACAGCAUGUCCCCUGCUGCACGCAGCUGGACGAAGACGCCUGGGAGGAGAUGAGCAACAUCCGCAAGGCCCUGACCCGCAUGUUCGCCUCCCGUCGCCAAGACGUGAUCUUUUACGAGAUCGCCAACAAGCUGCACCGGCGUCCGCAUCUCAGCGUGCACUGUAUACCUAUUCCCGCCAGCCAGGGCGAGAUGGCGCCGUUUUACUUUAAGAAGGCCAUCGAGGAGUCGGAGCAGGAGUGGUGCAUCAACAAGCAGCUGGUCUCGCUGCGCCAGAAGUCCCUGCGGGCCGCCAUUCCCAAGGGACUGCCCUAUGUGUGGGUGCACUUCGGCAUGGACUCGGGCUUUGCGCACGUCAUCGAGGAUGAGGACCGCUUUCCGGCCAACUUUGCCCAGGAAAUCCUUGGCGGCAUGCUGGAGCUGAAUCCGAAUGCCUGGCGCAAGCCACGGAAGGAGGCAAACCCCAUCGGAAAGGUCAAGUCCUUUGCCGAAAACUGGAAGAAGUUUGAUUGUACACAGAACUAAUACACUUGGUUGUAUAAAUAAAUUAUUAUGAGAUUUAAUGACCAAUGUCAA